GGGAGGGAUAUUACCGCCAUCUUGAAUUUUUAAGCGACGAUUAUCGUAAUAUCGCAACAUUGCGAAGACGUUUUCGUACCGAUAAUGUACAAGUUUGGUUCAGAUUUUUUGUUGUUGUGACGUUGUUAGUGAGUGGGUUUCAGUGAUGUGGCGGCGGUUGUUGAUUUUAAUACUUUUGGGAGUUACAGUGUUGUUCAGAUGUACGGAUUCUGUCGAUUUACCCCGGUUCGUGGGCCCGGGCUCCAACGUGACGGUGGCGGUGGGGCGGGACGCCGCCCUCACCUGCAGAGUGGAUGACUUACAGAGCUUUAAGGUUGCGUGGUUACGCGUGGACACACAGACAAUACUCACGAUAGCGGGUCACGUGAUCACCAAGAACCACCGCAUCAGCGUCCAACAUGGCGACGGCGCAUGGACGCUGGGCCUGCGUGACGUCAGCGCCACGGACGGCGGGCGCUACAUGUGCCAAGUCAACACCGAGCCCAUGAUGAGCCAAACACACCUACUGCAAGUCGUCGUACCACCAGAUAUCGACGACGAGGCAAGCAGCGGGGAAGUGCUAGUGAAGGAGGGGGAAAGUGCAACACUGCGGUGCGUGGCGUCCGGCGUCCCCCUACCUAACAUCACUUGGAGGAGAGAGGACUCUAGGCAUUUCAAAAUUGACAACCAAACGCUUGUGUCGAAACAUAGCGGCGAGUGGCUGAAUAUAACGGGAGUGGAGCGGGUGACGUCGGGCGCAUACCUCUGUAUAGCGACCAACGGAGUGCCGCCCUCCGUCAGCAAGAGGAUACAGAUUAACGUCAUGUUUGCGCCAUCGGUAUGGGCUGGUCGAGUGGCCAUCCGAGCUCUGUCCGGAUCCUCGGUGACUCUGACGUGCACCGCUGAGGCGUACCCUCUUCCUCAGACCUACUGGAUCUUGAAUGGUGAACAGAGACUCAUAAAUGGAUCAAAAUACAGACUCAGCAAGACUUCCAGAGGAUAUCGACACACUUUGACCCUGCAAGUUGCAGACAUGUCCAGAGAAGAUGCGGGCUCGUACCGCUGUCACGUUGAAAACAGCUUGGGCAAGGCGCAAGCUGAGCUGUUUCUACACAUGUUGACGACGACCACGACGACCACGACUACCACGACGAGCACCACCACCACGACCACCACGCCGCCACCCACCACCACCAUGCAGCCAUAUGAUGCCGAGAUGCACUUGGAGCAACUUCAUCGAGGAGUGUUAGAGGACCCAGCGCUCGAAAACUCCUACAUUGUACUCAGCCAACAUCAAAUGCAGAAUCUGGAAAUGGUGACAACGAUGUGACCGGAAGCGCGGGGACACGCCGAGUCCCCCUGGGGCGAGGGCUGGCCCCUCCCUGACGCAGCGCCACGUCUGCACUGCAGCCUGUGGCUCUUGACGCUUGUGCUCUUCGCGUGACCUUCUCGGGUUGUGUAACUGUGAUGUGACGUGGACUAUGAGUGUUGGACUGAGGCUGUGGGUAGUGGGUUGGGUUUAUGCCGAGUUUUCAACCUUGGGCCUGUUUUGAUUUUUUUUAAUUUUAAAUAUGAUGAAAUCAUUAUAAUUUCAAGUCUCUAGCGUUUUUCUCUAAGGUUGUCUGAAAGAAAUCGCUUUUAACGAUAAAACCACCUUUUUGUACUUGAAUUUUAAGUUUUCUUUUUUGUAACCUGUCAUUUGUGUUUUGUGGUGCAAUAAAGUAUGUACAAUGUUCAUACAUACAUAACCUAUUAUAAUUAUUGAUUAUAAGUACUUUUUUGAAGAUUAAACUAGAGGUAUCUUGGGACACCGUAGAAAGAAGAAGUAAAAUUAACCAUUGUUCUAUUAACUGUCAGUGGGCAAAUGAGAGAGCGGGCACCUUGAUUUUCUAUCUCAUAUACUGCCAGUCAAUGAGGUGCGUUCUAUGGCUAUGUUCGUCCCUUCGUUACACUUUUUGCGAGUUUACCCAUUUCCAGUGACUGAUAUGAAGCUUCGCUUCACAAAAACAAAUAGCUGUUGUAGCUGUUUUAUUAAUAUUCUGAGUAGAUACUGAAGUUGAAAUGAUGAACAAGAUAACAUGUGUGCUAAAAUCUUUAGGUUUAAAGGAAAAAUGGCAAAAUUAAAGAUAAUAACUAAACAUUUAACAACCAGUAUCUACCGAGUAUAAAUAAAGAAAAUAAGGAAUUUUAAAGUGUAUGAAUUUCCAAAAUUUUAACUUAUCACCUAAUCAGUUUGUAAAAAUAACAAUAGAUACCUAAACUCAUUUAAAAAAGGUCCGCUUUUAAUUGAUAAACUUCACGAUCAGUUAAAACACUUAGCGAAACUUAAAUGAAGAUAAACAAGACGAACAAGAUCUUUUUAGCAUCAGAAGUUAAGACAUAAUUAAAUUAGCCCGUGACAAGGUUGAAACUCCCCAACUCCGCACCUCACGGCCUCGGCAAAGCGUGAAUCGACCAUUAAUUGGAGACUUGUUGAAAACUGAACUUGUUGAGACUCGGGGCGAGUUUGAAGUGACUUCUAUAAUUUGUUACAUAUUUUGUGUCAACAGUGGAAUUGAUUAGCCUGCCCUUUCCCACUAGCGUUUCUCCAGCGUAGCCGUUUAUAAAGCAUUAUCCAAACCUGCGCGACCAAAGCGACUAUGAAGCGGGAACGUCAGCCGCGCUGCGGUCGCCUCCCACGAUAUUGAUAAUGGCAUCUACACUAUGCUAUUACAUAUGCUAUUACACCUUCACAUGUAGAUUGGCGUCGUGGACGCCCCCGUAUCGCUUCCCGUAUCAUAUGUUCAUGACGCGCAGGUGUGGCUCUAGUUAACGCUGGUAUUUUACUUUGCUAAUUGGACUUCAAAUGCGCUUCAAUAUUCGGAUGUAAUAAAAUAUGUAUACUUUUUAAAUAGCUCAAUGCAAAACAUGAAAUGUACGUUCAAACAGCUGUUUAAAAUAGCACCUUCGAAAUUCGCAUUCCAACGAUAGCUAAACUUUUAUGAACUAAAUAAACAAAUUAACUGUACAUAGAGUAAAAAAUAUUAUGUAAUAGGGUUUAAUAAAAUGUUGAAGUAAUAAGUUAAGUUACUGCUGUAAAUAAUUUCGCACGAACUAGUCAUAUCAGACUAUAAACUCACGCAAAAGUAAAUAAGUAUAAUAUGCGUAAACCUGUUAAUAAUGUUAUUAGUUUUUCAUUUUUAUCCUAGAAUAUUUUAUUUGUAAGGAAUCAUCUAAAAUAUGAUAACAUAGCUAUAGCAAAAAUAAACUUUUGCAUCACCCGAACAUAAGCGACCAAAGUGAAUACGAAACGGGAACGUCAGUCGCGCGACGGUCACCUACCAUGAUAUUUAAUGGCGCCAUGCACACCUGCGUGGCUAGAAGAGUCGUGUAGGUGUUCACGUAUAAAUUCGCGUCGGGAUGCUCUCGCAUCGCAUCCCGCAUCCCGCGUUCAUGACGCACGAGUGUGGCCGUAGCUUA